GUUGAAAAUGAGGUUGCGGUAAACCCUGAGGCCGAGCGGGAUUGCAAGGAAUUGGGAAUUUUUCUUUAAGAGAAAAUGGGCCGAUCAAGAUCAAGAUCGCGCAGCAGAAGCCGUUCAAGAAGUAGAGGAAGAAGCAGAAGUUAUUCUCCAGAAGGAUACAGGGUUCAUGUUGCAGAUUUGGGCCUAGAUUGUUCCAAGAGGGAAGUAGAAAGAACCUUUGAGAAGUUUGGCCCUUUGAUUGAAGUAUGGCUAGCUCGGAACCCACCGUGCUUUGCCUUUAUAGUGUACAAACACAGAGAAGAUGCUGAAGAAGCCAUCAGGGAUAUGGAUGGAAAGACAUUAUGUGGGGGAAGAGUGAGAGUGAGCUUUGCAAGACCAAGGACUAGGGGAGCACGGAGACGUAGAGGUUUUGACCCAAACUUGAGGUGCUACCAGUGUGGAGAGAGGGGACAUUUUUCAAGAGACUGUGACGAAAUUUGGAGAUCAAGAAAAAGGUCUUAUUCUAGAUCCCGUUCUAGAUCACGCUCCAGAGGUCGUCGCAGUCGCUCUCGUAGUAGAUCAAGGAGCAGAACACGUAAGGAUAAGAAAAGAAGUUCUUCAAGAUCUCCAAGGAGGCGCAGAAGUGACAGUGGACGUAAUAAGGAUAAAGAUAGACAAGACAAAAAGAGCACUUCAAAAUCGCCAAAGAGAAACAAAAGUGAAUCCCCUAAAAGAAAGGAGAAGGCGAGAUCCAAGUCCCCAAAGAGAAGUCGCAGUAGAAGUCCUAGCCAGGACAGAAAAGAUGACGAAGACAGAAAUGGUGAAAAUGACAAGGAAGAGGCCAAGAGGUCUUCUAAGUCACCAAGAAAAGGAGAAAGCAAAUCAAAGGACAAGUCUAAAUCACCUGCAAAAAAGAGUGCCUCAAGAUCAAGAUCACGAUCACGGUCCCAGUCUAAGUAAACAGAAGCACCAGAAAAGUUGGAAGAAUACUUAUUGGUUCAGUUAUUUCGAGCCUGUAACAUUUGUUUAGUCAAAUGACAUAGAUUGCUAUAGUGUUAUCAUGAAAUCGUUUCUUUAAUAUCAAAGUGAAAGCAGUAACAGUAACUAUAGCACAAAACUUACGACUUUUUCUGGGUGAAACUCCAGUAAGUAUGGCACAAACUUGGAUGUAAAAAUGCCCACUAAGAUCAUUGUUAUCAAAUAUUUUUCAUUUUUGAACUACAUUAGGUAGCUUUGUAUAAUUGUUAACAAGAAAGGUGUUGAUUAACAUUUUUUUGUAAAUGAAAAACCAUUUAGAAGGCAUCAGCGGCAGAUCAAAACUAAGUAAAGAUAGCCAAACGUCAGCCCACCCCUUUUUUGGUCUUCCCACUCUUCAAUACUAUUGGAAUGUGGAGAUGAAAAUGGGCAGUUUUGUUUGUUACCCUUGUAUCAGCCGAUGGAGCUUACAUACAAUAUGAAUAGAAGUAGGGAGUGGAUUAGAAAAAUAACAUUCCAUUUUUGCAAAGCAUCAAGUUAAAACGGCUUUUUUAAUGAGUGCAACAUGGAUAAUACAACCUAUCAAUUGCAUAGCAGUUUAAUGCCUUCUGUUUUGUCGUAGGUCAACUGCAUACUGUAUCGCUUAUUUGGGUAUUACAUUUCAAAUUUCCAUAUAAUGCAUUGGGUCUAUUUGUUAUAUUAACCUAGAGCAUUUUGUCUUGUCAUUCACAAUUUUAAUAUUACAAUGGCAUAAAACGUUUCCAACUAUGUACUGUUUAGGGAGAGCUUCCGAUUGAGCAGCGUUAUGUAAACCUCUCAUGAAAAUUGUUUAUUUUUAAAACAUUGAUAACAUAUUUCUUGGAAGUAAAACACUCGUAUAGACUCAUUCAGCUUAUCUUUGUAUCCGAUAAGGAAAUAAAUGGAAAUAAUUUAAGGCAGACUGCUCUGGUAAAGCAAUAUGUAAAUAAUAUAAGUCUGGAGGCUGUAGAUGUGCAGUUUGCCGGUAACAGACACCUGCUUGCUUCUCACGGUGUGCACACUUUGUACGCGGUUUCCAUGGUUUCAUUAGAGUUAAUAAAUUGGUAAUACUGA